AUGGACCCAUCAACGAUGCGGAACGAUACUGGAAGCCAGAAACAGAUGACAAAGGUAACCCUCAAACCUCAUAUUGGCGGCAUGAACACUAGAUCUGACAUCCAUCUAGGAAAGCGACACGCAUACUUCCGCGGUCGACACCUCCACGGCACGACGCUUCCUCUUCCUCAGAACUACACCGGCGCCAUCCUACAUGUGACCGAUAAGCAAUUACCGCAAACGCAGACACAACAGCAGCCUGCAGACGAGGACGACGAAGACGCUGAGGUGGAAGAGAGCAUGCCCGUGGAGGUCAAGAUAGCGGAACAAGUAGGAGAGUUCGACGAGGUCAUAAUAUGGGGUCAUGGUGGCGAGGUGGAUGGAAGUGGAGACGCCUUGGUUAGAGGAAUGAACGAAUGGGUCGGGUUUGCAGAAAGCAUGCAUGUUGACGAGGAAGAGGAAGAUGGGGAUACAAAACCGGAGAAAAAGAGCGCCUAG